UCUAUCUCCUUGGGUGAUCUUGGAAAGAAGCCCUUUCCAGUGUGGUGUGAAGCACUUUCUGGUGUAUAGCUUAGCUUUGCUUGUGUGGUGUUCUUGAGUGGAAUAAAGGUAGAGCGUGCAUUCUUGUGGCUUGGGAUAGGUAGGAUUCUUCCUUCUUCCACAGCCAUGUGCUGCAUGCAGCUUUGAGCUUUGGUAAUUGCUUCUAGGCUCUAGCCACCCCCAGUCCCAGCUUUAGCCAUCAAGAUCCAAGAAAGAUCAGGACCAAAAAGUCUUGAGCUGCAAUCAUUCCGAGCUGCAUUGUAGUGAGGAAUUGUCCCCUAGCUUGGCUCACGCUUUAUUCCUCAUAUUAUCUGUCCUUACUCUGGCACUAGAUCAAAGAUCAAGAACACAACUCCCUGUUUCCCGAGGAGAAAAGGAAUCAGGGACAAGCUCAAGCAGCAGCAGAUUCUCCUCAAGAAGCUAUCUGGGAAAAGCCCCUAUAUUUAAUUGGGUCCAAGAGGAGCUAUAGAUGCAACAAUCAUAAGGUAUUGGAGAAAUUAUGUACUUAAUGUUAUUUAGCUGGGCAGAUUCCCUUUGAAGUACACAUAUUAAUGUCUUCCUGCCUGCAUAGGGCCAAUCAUUGCAAAGUUCUUCUCUCACUACGAAGCAGAUGAAGCUUCUCUGAGGAAGGAAGAAGCUCUUGCUUUCUUUGCAUGGAGAACGAGGCCAACGGCGGAAUCGUACUUGGCCAUGACAAGGAAAUCUCAACCCUGCAAGAAGAGAUUUCUGCUCUGAGAUCGAGGCAGAGGCAUCUCAACCGGACAAGACGUGAGGCGCUGGACAAGCUCAUAGACCUGAAAGGAAGUAUCAGGGUGUUCUGCCGAGUCCAGCCGUCGAUCUCAACCAAGAUCAAAUCACCAGUUACUGUCGAACAAGAGAACAUCGCAGUUCGAGCAGUGGGGAUCAAGAAAGAUUUCGGUGUUGAUCGGGUGUUUGACCAGGAGUCAACGCAAGAUGAUGUGUUCCAUGAGGUGAGGCCAAUCCUCCGAUCUGCACUUGACGGGCACAACGUCUGCAUCCUUGCUUUUGGCCAAACUGGGACCGGGAAGACCUAUACAAUGGAAGGAACUAGCGAUAACCUUGGCCUUGUGCCUCGAGCGAUUCAGGAACUGUUUUCUCAUGCUGCUCAAGAUACUUCAUCCACAUACUCUUUCUCCAUAAGCAUGCUCGAGGUCUACAUGGGAAGUCUCAGGGACUUGUUGGCACCAAGGCAGCAGCCUCUCUUCAGGUCCAUAGAAGGCAAUACAACUUGUAACCUCAGCAUUCUAGCAACCACAAGUGGCUCCGUCCAAGUCGAGGGGCUCACCGAUGUCACAGUACCGGACCUCAAGAAAGCCAACCAGUGGUACUCCAGAGGACGGCGAUCCCGAUCGACAUCCUGGACAAACGUCAACAAUGUUUCAAGCCGAUCACACUGUUUGACAAGAAUUACCAUAAGGAGAUGUGGAGGUGUGACUGAACAAGUCAGCAAGCUGUGGCUCGUGGAUCUUGGUGGCAGCGAGCGGUUGCUCAAGACUGGUGCAUCUGGAUUGAUAAUGGAUGAGGGUAAGGCCAUAAACCUGUCUCUGUCAGCCCUUGGAGAUGUCAUCGCUGCACUAAGGAGAAAGAGAAGCCAUGUUCCAUACAGAAAUAGCAAGCUUACCCAGAUUCUCAGUGAUUCUCUCGGUGAUGGCUCAAAAGUUGUGAUGGUAGUGCACAUCAGCCCUUCCAAGGACGACGUGGGUGAGACAAUUUGUUCGCUGGGCUUUGCGAAAAGAGCCAGGCUGAUAGAAUCCAGCAGAGAGCUUUCAGAGGACUUGAAAAUGUUAAAGCGGAAGCGGCUCGCGGAGCUUGACAAGGAAAUAUGUGACGCCGAGCAAGAGCUCGGGGUUCUGAAUGCACAAAUAAGGAGUGCUGAGAGGUCUGUGGAGGAGAGGAAGAAGCUUUGUCCCUCCGUCUGUCAGGCUCUCAGCGACGAGAAGGGGUCGCCCAGAAGCAUUCUGGUGGCAGGACACAUUGAUGCCGCAGACAGCCCUCAGGCAACCGAGAGGGCCAAGAGCAGGAUGGUCCAUCAUGGAUCAGUCCCUCACUUCAUGUCCGCAACAGUGUGCAGCCGUCAAAGACACGGCGCGGCAAGCCAUUCCGUCAGUAAACCGAGGCUGACAAAAUCAGUGAACACGUAUUCAUCUAAGCCAAGUGGGAGCCAGUCGGUCAGCCACUCCGCAUCCAAGGCUAGGUCAGUGGCAUUCUCAUCCGGUGAGCCUAGGCUGAAAUACUUGUCUGUCAAAUCUGAUCAGAUCAACGUAAACAGUAACAGCGCCGAUUCGACGGUAGCGUCGACGCCUCGGCCUCGGCCAAGGGAGAGUCUUGUUUCCAGGCCGGUACAGAGAGCUCCCCUGCAUCAGCACAGGAGAAGGAUGUCAUGCUUAACCUGAACUCACAGAAAUAGUACAUACAGAUUGCAUAGCACUGAUUUUGACUUGUUGUUUCGUGGUGAAAUGUUUUGGGAACAUGUCUGCAGCUGUUUGAUAGUUUGGGUGUGUUAACUUGUGUAACUAACUACUGGAGGGCCUUUUUUUCUCGAAUAUGCACGAGUGUGCAUAUCAUAUAUUAAAGAAGGAAAAGCAUAGAAAGCAUCCACCAGUCAA